CUUUAGUUCGAUUUCGAACCUUCAGGUGAACGGUUUGGGCUUUUCUGGCCAGCGAGAUUUAAACGUAGUUGAAACGAACCGGAAUUUGGCUCCGCGAAAAAAGAAACGACAAAACAGCUUCCUGAACAGCUUCUGGAAGGUGUCGGAGGAGACGCAGUGGAUUGCACACGGUGAAGUCGGAUCGCGCAGCUACGCGUGCUGAAGUGUGGAGUUCUGCAUGUGAAAUUGGGAGAAAGGUAUCGCGCGCGUUGGGAGGUAGAGUGAUCCUUACGAAAAUUCGAUUGCGACUCAAGUGCCUCCAGAAACUGGAAAAUUGGAACAAGUCUGAGUCGUCGGUGUGCAAUUUGGAUCAAGUGCAGCAGUACGCAUCGGUUUGGGAGGUUCGGAGCAAACAAGAUGCAAAAGUGCUACCAAGAGCGCAGACCAAGCUGGAAAGCACAAGGAAAAGUGUUGUAAACAAGUGAAAGAUCGCGAGGAGAAAAGUGAGCGGUUUUUUUUCGUUUACGAUUUUCGGGGGAGCAUUCCGCGAACUACCGAGCAAUAAAAAAAGAGGUGAUUCGCGAGAGAACAACUCCAGGCGAGUAGAGUGAUUAGAAGAAGUUUCGUAACAUAGCCAAGUGACCACCAGUGUUGGGAAUCAGAGAAAGAGAAAAACGUGGAGAACAAGUGCGAAUUUUCGGAUUUACUUACAUUGGAGAAAAGCAAAGGAAAGGAAAAAAUCAUAAAAAAGCAAGAAGAGUGCGAAUGUGAGUGAAUUACUGAAUUGUGAACGGUUGUUUGGUGGCGUGGAUUUAAAAAAUUGCUCCAGAAAACUGCAGACUGAUGAGGAUUGAGAAAUAAAUAACAAACUGCGAACUGAAGGCGAACAACGAGAGCGAAGGAAUUGGGCCUCAAGCAUAUGUUCAGUCAUCCCAAAAUCGCACUUUUGUGGAAAAACACACAAAAUAUUACACACAGCAUAUACAAUUUUUGAAAACAGUUGCUACCGAUGGGAUUCAAACCCAGCACCAAAGAAAGGCGACGACUGCAAAAGGCUCAAACAAUCGAAAUCAAAGAAAAACAUAACAACAACAAUCACAGAUAAUGAUUGCAUAAGUGCGGGGACCUGAAACAAUUUCGGCGGAAGAGAAAAACAGUUUUGGCGGGAAAAACGAACGAAAGAAAGUUCAAAUCAGUGAAACACACAAAAAAAGUGAAUAACAAUAAAUUUGUUAUUGUGAACACAGUGUUGAGGUCGAUUUUCUCGGAAAUUCUGGGACCUACCGAUGGAGGGCGAAAUGGACGGAGCUGGUUCCUGCUACGGCGGCGGUGACAUCGCCGGGGCCAUCUUCGGGACCCUGCUGGCGGUCGUGCUCGUGGCCGUGCUCGGCUGGUGGCUCUACAAGAAGGGAUACGUCCUGAAACGCAAAGAUUCACAACUGGUCCCGGAGGAUCCCGAGGGCAAGAAGGACGAGUAUGCGUUCGACAAUCCGGCCUUCAAGACGGGCGAGCCGGGAACCGGCACCACGUCGGGCAAGACCAGCUCCCCGUUGGAUCCCAGCUGGACGUCGACCACAACCUCGGCCAAGCAGAACAGCCUCGACAAGCGGAAAACCGUCGACGACAGUUGCAUCAACACGACCACCCCUCGGUUGGUGUCCCUGCGCGGAUCGGACUUCACCGGACUCGGCGUGGAGGUGCACGGCGGCCUCAAGGAGGGCAUUUUCGUGAAGAAAGUCAUGCCCCAGGGCCCUGCGGCUGGUUUCAUAAAUACAGGUGACCGAAUCACCAGCAUCACCAUCGACUUCCGGCACAUCGUCCAGGAGGACGCGAUGACGAUCCUGAGCUACGCCUCACCCUACAACGUCCAGCUGGAGCUGGUCAGCGGCGAGAAGCUUCCCCACACGCAGAGCCCGAAGCCCGGUCACCAGGCACUGACGCAUCCUCUGGUGAGAUCCAGCAGCCAAUCGGACAUGAACACGAUUGAACGCAACUCCCGGAAGAAGCUGUUCCCUGGGGACGAAUCCGGCACCGCAACGCUCAAGAUGGAACAACCCAGCCCGAACAACCUGAACAAGGUCCUGCCGACGGUGCACAAGGAGAACGAGAAGGAACCCAAGAAGCACUCGUUCAAGCAGCAGAUGCGAGAGAUGAUCGAGGAGAAGUUCCAAACAAAGUCCGCUAACACCGAUGUAGAACGUAAGGAUUCGAACGCAGCUGAAGGCAAGAAGGGUCACAAGUUCGGAAUUCGAGUGUUCCCACCAUCCGUGAACGACAAACUGUUUGGCAGAAGUCCGACCAAGAUUCAGGCCGACAACGAGAACAACACCAACAUUGAAAAGAAGGAAUCGGACGAAAAGAAGGAAAAGUCUCCGUCGCCACCGGUUGUGAAGAAGCGCACCAAGGAACCCAAAUCGAUCCCGGACGUGAUCGUCGUUGAAUCCGCCACGACCAACAGCACCUCGGUCCCGAUGGAGUUCCAACGCCAGGGAAGCCUAACCUCCAGCGGAACCAUGCGCAACCCAGCGGGAAUCCCCCAGGAGGUGUCCGGAAUGAUGAUGCAAGCCGCGAACGCCGCCAAGGACAACCGCAAGUCUUCCAACCUGGACCUGGACAACAAGCGCAAGGGCAAGGCACCGCGACCUCCGCAAAACGAGAACGACCUUGACGGCAGCACCGUCACGAUGGACACCAACCUGAGCAUGGACAUGACUGAUGGAGCCAGCCGCAUGCUGAACGGAAGCAUGGACAUUGUGCCGGAGGCGGAGUCCGACGUCAAGAAGUUCAACCUGAGCGAACGAAUGAACUUCUCGGACAACUUUGCCGAGGAAGUGCUGAACUGCACCAUCGAAAGCAUCUCCGGAAUCGACAAGUUCGACGACAAGGGACCGAGCAACAGCUCCACGCCGAAGAGUGAACGCAAGAAGUCCUCGCUCACCGAAAGCAUGACCCAUGAUGAACAUGAUUCCGACACCGAGGACCAGGCAGCACCACCCCAACCGAUGGGCAACAAGAUCGAGCUCAACUCGAGCGACAUCACCGUGCACCAGAGCUCGCCGUCUCCCGCCGACAGCAGCAGCGAGGACAUGAUGGAGGACAGCAAUCCACGGUCGGCCAGCCUGGGCGAUCUGUCCAAACUUGAGUCCCACACUUCGAAUCCGGGCAGCGCCAGCAACACGCUGGAACGUGCCCAGAGCCUGGAGAUCACCGGUGAAGUGGUGACCGUAGCUGGCGGAGCUAGCGCCGUCGUUGUCGGAGCUGACAGCAAGCGCAAGAUUUCGCAAGUUGAGGGACAGGUAGUGAUCGAGUCGAUGGAAUCGACCGAUGGGUUGAACUCGCUGCAGAGGAACCGACUGAAGGGAGCUUCCGCGUGGGGUAAUUUGGAGGAUGCGAUCAAUUCCGGGGAGCUGCUGAACAGUUCGUCGGAGAGCGAGCUGAAGCAAUCUACCGAAGAUGUGUCGGAGAUGGUUAUUGUUCAGAACGGUAUUGAUCACGCGGAAGAAGAACCGGUUGGGGAAGUAAUGACCACCGUUGAAGUUACGAUGAAUGGAACAAUUGCUUGCAACAUGGAACCAGAGGUUGAGGAAGCACCGAAAGAGGAUCACGUUGAGCAGCAGGUUGAGGUUGUGACCGUUGUUGACAAGAUCGCGCCACCGGCGGUGAUCGUCGCGGAGGAACGAAAAGUUGAGAAAGAAAACGAAAGAGAGCACGUCUCGUUGACCACGAUCAACAUGGACUAUAACGGAGUUUACCCUACGGAAGCCGAGCAGAACAAGACAGAUCAUGUGAAGAUCGCAAACUAUGAUACAAAUAUCCCGGAUGAUGUUAAGGUAUCCAGGUAUCCAUUUGGUAGUCUGGAGCGCCCCAAGUCGGACGUCUUGAAGAAGCUGCUGGGACAAAAGGAGGAGCUGGAGAACACUCCGUUGGUGUUCAUCUCCGGCGAUGGUGAAACGAACAAGAUCACGAUCGAAAACAACUACCACGACGUUGGCGCGCCCAUCAGCUUGACCCUGGUCAACAGUGCGGAUGCUCAACCGAUCGAGAACGAUCAAACCGAAAGCAGUCAGGCUUCGCCCGUUUUCUCGAACACGAAUGGAGUCAGCAGCAUCAACAUCUCCUCGCUGGAGGUUGAUUUGACCAAGUCCCUCAACAACAAACCGUUCACAAUCGCUCCCAAAUUUUCGCUUGACAACAUCGUAACAAUUUCUACCGAAUCUUCCCAACCUUCGUCCAUCAUCAUGAUCGACGACGAGAAGCUAGACUUCAGCCUGCAAACCCUGGAUGACUUUGAAGAUAGCAUUGAGAACACAAACGCCCCGGAACCCACGGUCAACUUUGCCUCAGAAUCAAACAAAACCAUCAUCGAGACUGCCCCGAUCGUUUCGGAACAGCCCAAGGUCGAACCGAACAGCUUCGUUACGGAAAUCAAGGUAGCUACGCCAGAGCUGGAACAAAAUGGCAAACCAGAAGAGCCUCCCAAGCUGACCAAGAAACCUCCGAAGCCAGAGAAACCAACCACUCCUCCGUCCCGAAUCCCCGUCGAGCGACGAAUGUCCAGCGAGCACAGCUUCAUCCCGCGCAACACGGAGAUCAAAUUCACCACGGCCACGUACGACGCAGGUAGAAGUGCGGAGAAGCGCCCGCUUGGAAUCGAUCAGAUCCGAUCGAACUUUGAACGCAGCAACUCGAAGCCUUCGUUCGAGCGAAGCAACUCCAAGCCAGACGUGCGCCCCUACGAACGAAGCAACUCCAAGACCGACGUCCGCUCGGUAGAGCGUCGCAACUCCCAAACCGAUGUGCGUCCCUUCGAGCGAACCAACUCCAAACCCGAUGUCCGUCCCUACGAGCGAAGCAACUCCAAGACCGACGUGCGAUCCGUGCUGGAGCGCAGCAACUCCAAGACAGAAAUCCCCGUCCGUACGGUAGAACGCCGCAACUCGCACAACGAAGUCCGACCCUUCGAGCGCAGCAACUCCAAGCCGGAUGUGCGUCCGUUCGAGCGCAGCAACUCCAAGACCGACGUACGCUCCGUGCUGGAACGCAGCAACUCCAAAACCGAGAUCCCCGUCCUGAUCCGGCGAACGUCCAUCCCGUCGAUCAACCUGAACACCUCGAACGGAUCGAUCAACUCGAGCCCGCAGGCAGCGACAAUGACGAACGGCAACGGAACCAAGGCGAGUCCGUCCCGCAUCCCAGUGUUCAACUCGGUCAGCAAGCUGAACGGAAGUCACGACGCCAGUCCCCGGCCACCACCGCACAACAAUAACAAUAAUAACAACAACAGCAUCAACAACAAUCACAUUAGCAAUAAGGUUUCCGUGAGCAUUACCUCGAUCAAGAACCAGUCGAAGCAUCCGAGCGGCAAGUUUAACGGGAAUUGAGUGGCUU